GGUAAUCAAAAAGGUGGUUCGACUUCGAGAGAUCCUAAAGUCGCAGCUCAUCUUGUUUCUCGGCUGUUGGAACAGAAACCCUAACCCUAAUCUCCCAAUCGUCCGCCAUGUCUCACUUCGGAAGGUCGGGGCCGCCUGACAUUACCGACACCUACUCGCUUCUCGUCCUUAAUAUCACUUUCCGUACAACUGCUGAUGAUCUGUUCCCUUUCUUCGACAAGUAUGGCAAGGUCGUCGAUAUAUUUAUUCCCAGAGAUCGAAGGACUGGUGACUCUCGUGGGUUUGCAUUUGUACGGUACAAAUAUGCUGAUGAGGCUCAGAAGGCAGUAGAAAGGCUGGAUGUAGGCACCGAGAUGACUCGUACAGGGAAAAGGACUACCGGAAAAGAAGUAGGAGCAGGAGUCUGGACAGAUAUGAACGUGAGAGAUAUCACAGCAGCAAGGACAGAGGCUACCAUAAACGAAGCAGCAGGAGUCGCAGUGUCAGUCCUGAUUAUGCUAGAGGAAGGGGAAGAAGCCGCUAUGAUGAUGAUCGUCGAAGUGCCAGCCGGUCAAUCAGUCGAUCACCGCGUCGGCUUAGCCCCAGUCCUCGCAGGAGUGUUUCCCCACUCAAGGCCUCUCCAAAGGAUGAAAGCCCAGACAGACGCAUCCGAGCUGCCCGUUCUCCAAGUGCAUCACCGCAAGAUCGCCCCGUUGUAUCUCGUAGUCCCUCUCCACGAAAUUCGGAUCCUGAGGAAUGAUCAUGUUGUGUGGAAUGGGAGAAUGGGUUACUGCUGUUUCUUCCUGGGAGUUCAGAAUUUUGAAUGGUCUUGCUCUGGUCUUAUACUAAGAUCUAGAUUGGUAGGACUUGUGUUCUUCUUGUAGUUUCUGAUUAAAGUAUCCUGCUGGUGCUCAUGUCUAUUUGGCAUGCUUGGAUUUAUUAGGUUUGCAGACUUUUGAUUGUAGACAGAUUCUGUGCUGUUCUUUGUUUUUGGUUAUGUUGUGCUUGUUUGGGAUUUAUUUAUUUUCGAUUGCUUUUCUAUUUACAUGGAUGUGAUGUCUUUUGUGUGAUAUCGCUGAUUAACCCCAAGUCCUAUGGGUUUUAUAGCUGGUGGCUGGAAAAGAUUUGACGUGCGGCAGAUGGCAAGACGUUGAUUUUGUCACUUUGUUGCUGUUGAUGAUGCUGUAUGUUAAAAUGUGGAUGAUCGUGAUUAUGAUCUGACAACUGAGGCCGAUGGGUAUGGUGUUGCUAUUGUGACUAAUUAUUGCUGACGAUGAACAUAUGUUAACUGUUGGUGGAUGAUCUUAAUUGUCGUACGUGGUAAGAUGAAAGGGAACUCUUUGGCAUUUUUCCUACAAAAAGUUUCCUUCAAUUGUGUUGCUCUGACCUGCUUUGUGUUAUCAUUUCUCUUUUCUUUUUCCUUUUUUUUUGGGGGGGAGGCAUUUGGUGGUUCUUGAAUGAUGGUGUUGCUGUGUUGGCGUAAACGCAAAGUGAAUGCGUUUUAGCUGUAGAUGAUGCUGCAGAUCAAGUGGAGUUGUUAACAGUCACUCUGUUGCUGAUACUGUCUCUUUGGUAGCGCUGGUUGUAGCUGUGAAGAUGCCUCUUUUUCUUUGUUCCCGUGGUUCGUGAAUAGCAUGUAGCGGGUUGCUGUGCUGCCGCUGCCCCAUGUUGAUAUGCCCAGUUAUCCGUGGUUGUCCUGGUUUUGAUACUGAUUGAUGAUAGUUGCCAUGCUGCUCGGAGAUGCCCUAUAGCUUUAUUUGCAAGGUGAAGUAUAUUGAAUGUGCUUGGUCGUUGGGUUAUAUUUUUACUGUUUUAUUUAAGUGGUCGAAUCUUCCCUUUGGGCGUAGUUUGUCUGAUGUCUCUCUCUUUUUUGCCGCCUGUAAGGGUUGUUUAUUUUCGUAUCUUUCCCUUGAUUCUAUAAAUGACUUGCUGAAUAAUGUUAUUUUGGGUGUUUGUUAUUUGCCAGUGAAGUGUUUUGUUUGAAUAGUAUUUUCCUUGGAGAAUUUUCGCAUGCAACUAGAGGGUUGAAUUGGAUGGAACUGUAAAGAUCCAUUGUUGAUUGUGAAUUGUAUGAACCAAGGGAGAUUACAGUUUAGGUUUAAAUCGGCUGGUGGUGCGUUCUACUUUCCCAAUAAUAGUUGCUGUAUAUUUGGUAUCUAUAAGCUGGCAGGUGCUAUCAUUGAAUUAUUGUUGGUUAAGCAAUAGAUUGUUGUCGUUUUGUUUACUUCUGUUGGAUGCAUUGCAAUUUCCGAGCUGCCUUUUCACCUGGAGUGCCAGAAGUCCCUGCAAAUUAGAUGCCAAGGGUUUAGAGGUGCCAAGGAUCUAGAGGUGGGUGAUGCGUUAAUUUUCUGUGCAUCUUCAAUGAAAGGAAUUAAUAUUUAGUGGUAUAGUUAUGUUAAAGAGUAUGCUAUCAGCAAACCCGCAAAAGCCCUCUUUUCCGCAGUCGUCGACCUCAUUGGUGUUGGGAUGUAACUGCUCAAUUAUUAUAUAAUAUAAGGCCAUUGAUGCCAAGAACACAAGUUACUGUCAAAUUUUUUUUAGAGCUGAUUCAAUUAGAGGUGAUAUUACCAUUAUAUCUGUGUUGUAAAUGAAAUUAAUAAACUUUCCAAGAUUGACUAAGAGUUAUAGAGUGGAGUAUUCCAAGUAAUUCUCUACAUUUAAGCACAGGAGUGGGUAAUAUCUUCUUUAAUUGUCUAGCAAGUUAGGUGAUGAGGGCAUGGGGAUCAACACCAAGGCAAUCAUAAGUCCAACUUUGUGUGAGAAGAAUGUGAGAAAGAGGUGCAAGUUCGAGGUCUAGUCACUAGAAGUCAGGUCAAGGCAUUUAAGGAUUGACUUCAAGCUUAUUUGGCCCAAAGCUUCACAAAUAUGGAGGUCGAGCAAUUCGUUGGAUAAUAAGCGAUGACGAUUCAAGUUGGGGUUGUGUUAGGCCAAAUCCACGACCUGGAGGGGAAAUCCAUGACUGUGGAAAAUGUCUGGGGCUGAAAGACCAAAACCCCCGGUCUAGAGGAUGAAAUCCACGAUUGUGGAAAUUGAGUGUCAGGGCGAGGAUUUGGAGCUGUUGUUGUAGGUUGUUUUUGUUUCCUUUGCAGAUUAAGUGACUUAUGAUCCAAGACUCGAGUUUCUUUGUUAUUUUUGGCCCAAAACGUUUGUAAUCUAUAUAAGGAGUUGAACUAAGUCUUUUGGAG